AUGACUGGUAACAGUAGAAAGGGAGACUCGGGAGCAAACGAGACUGCUCAACCCACUGGUAAGCACGACUUAAUUGAAGUCAAUGGAUCAUAUGAUAGUAAUGACGAGGCUAAUUCCUCAACCGUAAGUAAUCGUUAUCAGCAUCGUCGACAAAUUCGUAGUAGGAGUCGUCAGCAUAGCAGAGGAAGUAUGAUGAAUGGUAAAGAACAUAGUGAUGACUUGAAGAGGAAAGGUAGUAAAAAAUCCCGGGAAAAAUCAUUGAAGGAGUCACGUCGGUUCAUUUUUUCAUUGGGUACCAUCUUAGGUAUUAUAAUUGCAUGUUAUUUUGGAGCAUCUCAUGUUCACAAAAAUAACAAAGAACUAUUUGACAGCAUGGUGAAUUUCGAAUCUGUACGAGAUUAUCUCGAUGAUUGGAAGGAUGUACUGCCACAAAGUGUCAGUGGUUUCAUUACGGAUAUGCAAUUGGGAUAUUCGUCUGAUACUGCUUUAAAAGAUCUAACUGAGAGUUUUGCGGUGGGUAGACAGUUGAGAGAGGAGCUGAAUAUCACUGCUAAGCACCCUGUCGUUAUGGUGCCCGGUGUCAUUUCAACAGGAAUUGAAAGUUGGGGAGUUGUUGGAGAUGAUGAAUGCGACAGUGAACCACAUUUUAGAAAGAGACUAUGGGGGUCAUUUUACAUGUUAAGAACAAUGGUCCUGGAUAAGGUCUGUUGGUUGAAGCACAUAAUGCUAGAUCCUGAAACCGGGUUGGACCCUCUCCAUUUCAGAUUACGAGCAGCACAGGGGUUUGAAGCUGCAGAUUUUUUUAUGGCUGGAUAUUGGAUUUGGAACAAAGUCAUUCAAAAUUUAGGAGCUAUAGAUUAUGAUCCUGAUAAAAUGUCAACUGCCGCAUAUGACUGGAGAUUGGCAUAUUUGGAUCUAGAAAGACGUGAUAGAUAUUUUUCAAAAUUAAAACAACAGAUUGAAUUGAUUCACGAAUUAAGUGGUGAAAAAGUUGUACUUAUCGGUCACUCAAUGGGAUCUCAAAUCGUCUUUUAUUUCCUAAAAUGGGCGGAAGCAAAAGGUGAAUUGUAUGGCAACGGUGGACCAAAUUGGGUCCAAAUACACAUCGAUUCAUUUGUUAAUGUGGCAGGGACCUUACUAGGUGCGCCAAAGGCUGUACCGGCAUUGAUAAGCGGUGAAAUGAAAGACACGAUACAACUAAAUGCAUUAGCUAUGUAUGGAUUGGAAAAAUUUUUCAGUCGUAAGGAAAGGUUAGACAUGAUCCAAACGUGGGGUGGUAUACCUUCAAUGGUACCAAAAGGUGGAAACUUAAUAUGGGGCGAUAUGGCAUUUUCAGCAGAGGAUGCAUUACACAACAACACAGCAUCAUUUGGUAAUUUUAUAAGACUUGAGAAAAAAGCUAAUGAUUCUCUAUUACAAAACAAUUUGACUAUGGAAGGCUCUAUUGAUGUUAUGCUUGACUUGUCGCCAAGAUGGUUACAAGAACGUAUUAGUGCACAAUACAGCUUCGGUUAUGCAAAGACGCCAAAGGAGCUAACAAAAAAUGACAAGCAUCAUUCCCAUUGGUCAAAUCCCUUGGAGGUACCACUGCCAAAUGCUCCGGAUAUGAAGAUCUACUGCAUAUACGGUAUUAAUAAUCCAACGGAAAGAGCUUACGUCUACAAAGAACAAACAGGCAAUUCAUCGCUCAAUAUGACAAUUGACUACGACAGUGUGCAACCAGUCUUUUUCACCGACGGUGACGGCACCGUCCCCCUCAUUACACACUCCAUGUGUCACAAAUGGGCACAAGGCAAAUCCCCUUAUAAUCCCGGAGGGUCCAAUGUCACUAUUGUUGAAAUUAAACAUCAGCCAGACAGAUUUGAUAUAAGAGGAGGAGCGAAGAGCGCGGAACAUGUGGAUAUCCUCGGCAGUGCCGAAUUGAACGAGUACAUUCUCAAGGUCGCAAGCGGUCAUGGAGAUCUCAUAGAGACAAGGUUACUCUCAAACCUCUCCCAAUGGGUGAAUGAAAUGGCAUUUCCCAUGUGA